GUUAGCUGCUUGAAUAAUAAUAUUUAUGCAUACCCCUUUCAAGUUGAAUGCGCCCAAAACAUGAUUUCAUUGGGCAUUUAAUCACGUUUAUUGCUUUUUAAGUACUUCCAAUUUACAUAGCUUCGAAUCAGUGCCACGAAAUAUGAUAAUGGUUGACAUUAUGCCAUUACUGCAUUCACCAAAACAGAUAUGACAUCCAGCUAAUGACAUUUAAGAGAGCACUAAGUUUAAACAGACCAAGGGAAACUCAUUAAUAUUUAUGCGCAGAAAUUAUUCCAUUCGGGUCAAUGUGUGACAAAUGGGCAAUCAAAUAUUUAUUUGCCACAGACAAAAUGCAAAAAAUCACAAAUGCAGCACAAAUUUUUAAUAUGUAUAACUGCAUUUAAUGGCCACUGAAUAUUUAUAGAAAAAAUUACGCACAAAUGCAAUAAUAGCGAAACGAAAAUUAAAGGAGUAAAAACAACUAAUGCGCGCUCACAAAAAAAAAUAUUCAACUCAAUAUGAAUAACAAAUCGUGAUGAAAUUUACAUUGAAAUGGCCGCAAAAUGCAAACAAAUAGAAAACAGCCUGCGAAAAUAUCAAAUUGCAUAAAUAACUAAUUAAAUUUAAAUUUGCAAUUUAAUGAGCGCAAUUUGCGAACGUGCGAAGACUUCAAAAUUUAUUUUGGAUGGCGUCAUGUUUUGUUUGAGCACUCUUGAAUUUUUCGUCCUUUCUAUUACGCUCAUUAUGCAUGCAAACAAUUCCUAUAUGAAGCCCUGUGAUCUGUUUGACAUUUUUAUACCCGUUACUCGAAAAGUAAGGGUAUGCUAAAUUCGUUGAAGAGUACGUAACAGGUAGAAAAACGCCUUUCCUACCCAAUAGAGUAUAUGUAUAUACUUUUGAUCUGGAUCACUAGCCGAGUCCAGUUGCUUGUCCGUCAGUCUGUCCGUCCGUCAGUCUGUCCGUAUGAACGAUUAGGAUUAGACGAAUCGAUGUCCGCCGAGUGCGUAUUCUCUAUAUAUCUAUCGCUUAACUAUCUGAGUAACGGGUACCUAAUAGUCGCGACACUAUAUAGCAUUCUCUCUUGUUUUUGCUGUUUUUUAACGUUACUCGCUCUGGAAACUUUCCUUUCAAAUAAGUUUUUCUUUGGCGUAAAGUUGGGCGUAAUUAAAAAUUUUCGCUUUUUAUUCAAGAUCAGGCUAAUUAAAAAGUUUUGACCAAACCAAGAGGAUUGAGAGCAAGGUAUUUAAAACUUAUAAGAAGCUUGCCAAGGCCCUCGAAACCAAGGAUAUGAAAUUCCCUGGGUGACAACAGAAUAAACAAAUAAAAGUGAAAUAGAAAUGGAAAAUGAUUGUAGAGUACGAGUACCUUUGGCCAACGAGAGUAUUGUCGAAUGGACGGCAAGUAAAUAUCACAGCAUUCGCAAUUUUCAUGAACAAAUAAGAAGCCCUAAACUGGGAUGGCAAACUGGAGCAUCUCGACUGAAACAAAAAUUAAAUAAAAAUAGCUCUGAGCCAUAUGCCAGCAAACUACUUGAGUUGGCAAGCAGUUGCUAACCCCCAACUAGCUAAACUCUGUUGAGUUCAGGGGUUGACGACGACCACGGAGACACUGCAUCAUUUCCAAAUGAAAUAAAUCAAAAUAGACAAACAAGCAAAUAAAUAAACAAACAAACAAAGCCAGCCAAGCGAACAAGGGGAGUACAGUGGAGACUGGACAGGCGGCACCACUCACUUGGAAGACAGUAAACAGUCUGCACUUAACUGGAGUGCACUGUUAAUAGAUGUAUGUAUCUGCAAGACAGGCUGGCACUACAUAGAUUAGCUAUUUGAAUGCAAUAUUCAAUCAAUAGAAGUUAAAGAGCAAUUUUCCGAUGUGAAACUAAUUGAAUUUUAUAAAAAGAAUAAGCGACCAAAACUGCUCAAAUUUGCACGAGUAUAUUAAGCAAACAUUGUUUUAUACUCAAUAUUAAGAAGCCACAUUCCCAAAUCUCUUUUUUCUUGAUCACUUCUAGGUUAAAAAUUGUAGGAUUCUGUAAAUAUAAACUGGGAAAUGAGUCGUUAUAAAGUGUAAAUAGGUCAAGAUAAUUAUUUCAGAGUUUAGUUUGCGUCACUGACGUACUUUCAGUCUAAAUCAAUUUCAGGAUAAACGCUUUAAUAUUACAUCUAUAACCAUGUAAUAAUCAUUUGAGGUUUCAGAUUACAAGGGGAAUUAGUCUGGACAAUUACAUUUUUUAUUAGAUGGGAUUUUGUUGGUCCCUUUGCAAGGACAUAAAGCUGUUUAAGGAUAUCCACACAGAGCCACCCACACUUGAAGGUCCGAAAAGACUGAGAAGUUAAGCAUUUUUUAUGACCAGCAGCAUUAUGAUAAUGAAAGGCAACAAAGAAGCGGCGCCAUUGACACUUAAAAUUUAAUGUGUGUGGCAUUAUGUUAAGCACCUGGCUCCGAAUGCAACCCUUUUGAACGCAACCCACACUGGGAAACCUCCAUACAUACAUACACUGCAACGAUCCGCAGCACAUAAGCAUAUUAAUAACGCCUUUAUGCCGCAACAAAGGCAGCUGCGAGUUGGAGCUGGAAGUUGGAGUUGGGAGCGGGGUCAAAGUUGGGAUGAUGAGAGUUGGGAUGAUGGGGCAGACGUGUGGCGCCGUGGCGGUUUAAUUUAAUUAAACAACAUCAAUCCGCUGUAUACGGACGACCACCUUUGGCCCCUCUAAUAAUGUGACCGAGUAAACGCGACACUGGAAACAAUUUUCCGACCCAUGGGAAUAUUUUAAGCUGAGGAACAUGUGUGAACUCAAUGGGUCUAAGCAGAAGUUCCAGUUAAAAGUUACAUUUAGGACGCAAAUACUUGGACUCCUUUAUGUAAUGUAAGUGGUACAAGGGCCUCUGGCUUCAUUUGUGUUCCUGGCAUACUUUUUUCACAGUGCACACUCCUCAAACCCCCCAAAUCUGCCAUCUCGCUUAAUAAGAGGGAUUUACAACUUUUCCGUAAUAAUUUUCAAUUAAAAAACCCACUUCAACCCCGAGCAACGAAACAACAAAACAACAGCGAGUUUUGUUACUCAUUUUUCGGGUACUGUGACGUGGCACUUGACAAACAAGAUUUGCAUGUCACACACAUACGCACGCUUGAGCAUGGUGUUCCUGUCAUAUUAACGGUACUCUGCACACACACACGUGCCUAAAAGGAUUUGAGUCCUUCAGCGUACCUCGCACGAAUGCCUUCUGUCAUCGGCGCGCCCCCCUCGGAAAAUGUUCCCUUUUUCCAUCGCUCGCUGGCUGCAAAUAUUUGAUUAGCUAGACAAAAGUUGCCAACUUUUUCUCACUCUUUAAAGCUUUUCUUUUUUGGUUUUUUUUUUUUAUUUUUGUUUGUGCGUUUUAUGACAGAUCCUCUGGCUGUCAGAGUUGCCACUCUUUCGCAGACAUUUGAUGAAGAGACUACGGAUUGGAUCCCGAAAUGUUUACUCAGAUAUCUGAGACACUCGGUGCGAGCUGCUGGCAAAUUAUUUUCACAAAGUUGGACUCCUAAGCUGAGUUUGAGAGUUGGCAGUUGGGCGAACUAAUGUGUAGUAGGCCGUGGUUCGCAAAGAUCUCGAGUUUCAGUUGCGAAAUGAUUUCGAAAGUUUUCUUAAGCCAACUUUUCAAGCGUUAAGGCCGCAAUAAGUCUCCAGACGCCGCACAUACAUAUACAUUUAAGAAAGAAGCCUCUUCUACGAAGCAACGAGUUUAGCUUUAGUUCUACUGAGGUAUUAUUAAUAUAAUGAAAGUAGAGGAGAACAUUUCGAAAUAAGAAGGUUUACUAGUAGUAGUUAUCUAUAUGUUACAUAAAGAUUAUGCAGUAAGGUAUCACUUUAUGAUACCAACAUACAAAUUCUUCGUUUAAGCGUCUUGGCCUGCUUUUAAAAGUUUUCAGUAUAUAAAAAAAGUAGCUUAUCUUAUUUAUUGAGGCCUUACUGUUUGCGAGGCAAGACCCCACACGCCACAGCCUUUGCCACAGCAGCCGCAGCACUUUUAAUUUUCGCCAAUUUUUUUACUCGUUUUCGCAUAAAGUGCUACAAAGUUGCCGCUGACGUUGACGCCACAGCAAAUGCGUGUAACUUUUUAAUCAAAUUAUGUGCAAAUUUUCUUUGGCAGUAAUUUUUAGUACAAUUUUGCACAAAAUUACUGGCGAGACAGUAGCUGCUGCAAGUUUGCUAGUCUUUUUAAUGCUCGACUCUGGCUUGUAUUUCAUUUUGCAUGCGGCCAGUCAGCUUAUGCCAUAUGCCUCAGCACCACGUUCUCCUGCCACAUCGGCAACUCCCCCAAUCUGCCGGAAAGCCCGCAUUAUUUUUAAUUGAAUUUUAAAGUUUUUCGCCAAGCCAAAGACGAAAUAUUUUUGUUUUUCCGCCAAAGUUUCUGCUCGUUGGGGCUCUGGCAAUUUAAUUAGAAAAUCAUUUUGACUGCCGCUGUCUUUGCCACUUUGCCAGAAAUUUAUAAAGUAAAUUUUCCCAAGCACAAAUCACAUUGGGCUGUCUGCAGAUUUAGUUUGGGGUGUUGCCACAUUAGUAGCCAAGUUUAUUUCAUUUCAUUUCGUGGCGCCCAACGGGGGGCAUCCGGUGGCUGCAAGUGCGGAUCCGAAUGCGAAUGGGUUUGCAUUUGCUAGCACGUAUUGUCUGUCCUUGUGCUCGUUUUUUGUAAUUUGCAACAGACACAUUAAUCAAAAAACUGCUACUCGCCACGGGGCCCUGCCUCUAGUCAGUCACACAUGCCAAAUGGCAUUGGUCAACUGCCGCUGGACAGGCUUCGUCCACCACCCUUGCCUCCUCCACCACUCCGCACUCCGCACUCCUUUUCCAGGGUUAUUAAGUGGUGGAGGUAAUUGAAAUGUCAGCGGAAGUGUUGCUGGCCGCACACACAGCCUGCGGUUCCAGGGGAUUCAGACGAGAUGGGCCCAGUCGCCGCCAGGAGACAGUCUCUGAAAAAGUGAUUCCACAUCCCUGACCAAAGCGUUUCCAUGGGGCCACCGGAUAUAGGAGACCGUAACGAGCAUUAACGAGCCCUGUAGUGGUUAAUUAUGUUGCAAUUGGGGCCUUUUGUGGUCGCGCAAUUGCAAGUCGCCCUCGCCCCAGUCGGUCCCCAGAAUCGAUUAUAAUCCACGAAUUUUGAUCCCCAAUUUGAUCAUGUUUCUGCUAAGGGAAUGUCGUAAUUUGUUACAUUACCAAACUAGAAAAUUUCCUACAAAUUUGCGUAGAAAUGUGUUGGCUCUAAAAGUAAUUGAAUUGAAGAUAUUUUGCACUAGGUUUUUAAUUUAAUAACAAUUUAGAUUAGAUUCCUAUCUGUUCCUAACUCAAAGCUAGCCGUUUAGUUGUAUAGUUUUAAUUCAUUGAAAAAAGUCGAACUAUUUUAUUUCACACGUUCACAAUUUUCUUUUCGGAAACUUUAUGCUCGCUUCCUCGACUUUCCAACUUUCAUCAGUAAUCACUUUCCCCAUUUAGAACUGACAACAUUUGCCAUCCAAUUUCAAUUUGAUAAUUUCCGAAGCAGUUGGCUUACUUGACUAACGAUGUACGAAUUAUCAAAUCGCACAUGUACACCGGGCUCCAUUUUCCGCCUCGCUAUAAAUGUAUGAACAGAUAUAUCUAUAGAACCAUAUAUCUAUAUAUAUAUAUAUAUCGGAUGUAGGUGUGGGCGUUGCAGAACUUUUUCGAAAGGACAGGCGACAGGUUUUUGCGCUGCUUUCAGCUUACCUUCGAAUUUCCUCAAACUUUUUUCGCUGCCAGAACUUUUUCAUUACAUUUUGACUUGUUCCAUUCUCUAUCUGCUGUUGUGUUUCUUGAAUUUUUUUGGGCUGCAAUUGCUGGACCUGCUUCUGUGUUGUUUAUGAGCUAAUUACAUAAGCUCGUUAUUAGGCGAAUUACUUGUUUCUUCAUUUGCAGCAGCAACAGGAACAGCAGCAGCAGCAGCUACAGCAACAGCAAAUAAGAAAACUUUUUUAAUUAUAACCUCAUUUAGAUUUGACGUUGCCGUCGCUCUCACACUCGCUUCCUUUUGGCCAAGUUGGCUUGCGGGUUGUAGAUUGUGCUACUUUCACAUCAGCCCAGCAAUCUAAUCAGCGGGCAUAUUUAAUUUGAUCUGCUCUGAUCUGAUUUGGCCAGGUUUCGGUAAGCGAAGCCAGUGAGUGCAGUGAGGCCUGGCUAACGUGGAUGUGGAUGCACCUUAAUCGCUUUCCUUUUUGGGAUCAGGGGAAUACCUUUUACUUCCCUGCUCAGCGGAAAUCGUUGUCAAUGCACCCGGAUAUCCGUGUGCUGGCUCCUCCACUCAGCAGAAUUUAUAUACUCGUAUUCUUUAUUCCGAUGAAGCGUAAAAAUACGUCUUACCUCGCUCCUCUGCUUCACAGAAAUAAAUAUGCUGAAUUUUGUUUAUGCUGCAUUUGCAUACAUCUUUGUGAGUUCAAUUCUCGGGCGGGGAAUCUCAGACGGAAGGCAAAUAAGGAGGCAAAAUGCUUUUUUAGUUGUUGACUGCAAUUUCCUUGGCAUGAUUUCCACAUUUCUUUCUUUUUCGUUUCUCCCCUUGCAUUUUCCUCCUCGAACUCCUUUCUCUUAGCUAUUUGUGCAACUGUCUGUGUGUGUCUUGCUGAGUGUGUGUUGGGAAAAUAUUUGAUUUACGUCAAAUUGACACGCAUGAGUUAAUCAAAAAAUGAUUUGUUAUUGCUUACAAAUGCAUCCGUAAUUUCCAUAUUUUCCAAAACCCUAAGAAGUUGCAUUAAGUGUAUACCUUAAGUAGUUUUCAUUGCGAAAAGUUCUUCUUCUAAAGUUCUUGUUAUUCAUUAUAUAUAUUUUAAUCUGGAUGCUCUAAUUAUAUAUUUUAUACUUUUCCCAGCUGUUCGGUUUUUUAAAUAAGCGAUCUACCAGAUACAUCUCUGAAUUAAUUAACCCGAAACUAAGUGUAGGUAUGAUUUACGCACGUUGCCUCUUGGGGAAAGAAACCUUAGAGAUUUGGAAACACAUAUGGCGGAUUAAAACUGGUUCCGGAAACCCGAGACCAAUAGAUACAUGACUUUGGCCUCCAGAGCCUUUGGGAACCUUGCAUUUGAGGUCAGAUUAAGUUGGAGAAUGCCUGCUCAGAUGUUAUUCAUUUGAACACCUUGCCAGUCGGAGAGCUGCGCCACCUUGAGGCAUCUUCUCGGUUAAACAAGAUAAAUGGGAAAUGUGAAAAUGAAACAUCACCUUCCCGCCCGACGCCCCUUCCGCCCUAAGGACCACAAGACAGGACCAAGAUAUAUUCAGUAUUUAUAUUUCAUCCUGUUGCCCAACUACCCAAGUAGAAGAUAACAUUUUAAUAGGGCAGCGCCACCUAUUGGCGAGUGGGUAGGUGAGUGUGAGGUCCUUGGGGCUCCGCCCUCUGCCACGCCCCCUCCCAGGAUGUCUGUCCAUUAGGUUAAUGUGCACUUCAAACGAAAUUAAGAUGAAUUGAUUAAAAUUACCAGAGUGCAGAGUGUUUGCUUUGGCUUCGCUCUGAGUUCGGUUCAGUUGAGUCGAGUCGAGCUGAGCUCAGUUCUGUUCAGUUGAGUUCAGUUGAGUUGAGUUGAGUCGAGUUUUGUGGCAAAGUUCAGGGAGCAAGAUUAAGUGCUUUCAUUUGCCUUCGCUUGAAAAAUGAUGCAGCCCUGAAGUCCUGCAACCGAAGAGCCCAAGAGGAAACGGAAACCGAUGGCAAAUAAUGAAAGUUUCGGUCGGCAAAGUGCAGGUUGCAAAAUAAUGAAUGGGGCCUGCAUUUAUUAAUGUAUUUGGAAAGCGUUUCGCAAAUUAAUUGCCAUUUAAUUUGUUAUGCUAACUACACUCACACACCGAAAGACUAAUUGGUUUAGCUGGCAACAUUUUGCGUAGCUUUAAUUAAAUUGUAAAUUUCCCGUUUAGCCAGCAGGAAGUCGAGUCGAGAAAGCAGCGAAAAUUGCAAUUAAGAUAAUUAUCUGGCAAAAGCAAAAGUGUAAAUCCUUUGCGCUCCAAGGAUUAUGCAACUGCAGUCUGCUGCGCUGUGCUGCGCUGCGCUGCUGCCUUUGCUGCUGUGUGCCGCACUUAAUUUGCAUAAAUUUCAAAUGAAUCCAAUGGCCAAGAAAGCGCAGCUAAACAAUUGCCACUGAUGAAGCAGCAGCAGAGCCAAAAUUACACUGCGCCAAAAGGUGGAGCAAAUCACCACAUGUUAAAAAACUAUUAGGUCCAUUACAUGAUGGGCUUGCUUAAAUUGAAUGAUGAGAAAUAUAAUAAAUGACACCAGUAAAAAUAUGGCAAACUUUUCAAAAGACUUUCAAGUUAACAAACAUAUAUUUUAACAUUUUAAUUGAAAUGGUUUAAUAUCAAAUUGCUAAAAUAAAAUAUUUAGCACUCUUAUGGAGGUACCUUUUUCUUAGUGCAGUUGCAGCUGGAAACUGCAGCUUGGGGCGCUUACUUUGUCUGUGCCACAUGACGCUCCGCUUCCAGCUCCUUCCUUCCUUCCAUUUCAGGUGCCACAAUCACCAGGAAAGACGUCGCAGGAUAAUCGAAGUACAGGGAGGGGGUCCAAAAACACAGAGCCAGCGGAACGGAGAGAAGGAGCCGAGAAUUUUGUGUUAUUCUUACGGAUUUUCUACUUUGUUGGCAAUGUAAGCAAAGCAACCUCGCCCCUUCAACAAUCCGGCUUUCCGCUUUCAUUUGCUCUGCGCAAAGUUGACGCUUUUGUUUGAUUCGUGUCACCCAGCUGACCAACGCCCUUGCCACCCAGCCACCCAGCCAGCCAGGCAUCUAGCCACCCGAUUUCCCAUUUUCCACUCUCCAUUUCCCACCCACUCCAACACCCACUUCCACGGCAGGGAAAACCCAAACCCAAGGUUCCCUCUAUCGUUCCACUCUGUUGGAGUUACUUUGCUUCGAAUUAUGCAAAACACAGAAGCGGGCAAACGGGAAAGAAACACAAAACAAAUAGAAGAACGGAAUUGUCAAAUGAGAUUCAAUGUUCUGCUCAAGUGGCUCUCGUCUCCGGUUUUCCACGGAGCGGAGUGAAUUUUAAUAAUAAAUUUUCGUGUGACCACCAAAGCAAAGUUGCAGCAGCUCACAUGCAAUUUUCCAGAAUUUACUGCUGCGUGAAACUUUGGCAAUUCGGCACCGAAUGUUGAAUGUUGAAUACUGAAUGCCGAAUGGCGAACAAAGUUGGCCAGGCCAAAAGCAGAGCUUGUCUUGGCCAACUGGGAGCGCCUUGCGUGUCCAGGCAAAAGCUGAAGGCAAAUGAAGCUACAAUUACGUCUACAAAUACACAUAAAAGGGGAAGUAAUUUGCAAUUAAAUUACGACGAAAUGGGCAAUAGAAAAGGAAUUAAUUGUCCACGAAAUGCAAUUAUGCUUCCCCUCGCUUUUUCCGCCUUUUUUUAUGCGCUGCAAACUGAAUGUGCGAAUAAAUGAACGAAUGAAUGGCAUCGCAAAGUGGGACAGCCCAGCAGUUCAACUUUGGUUGCAGCUUAAUGGAAUUGCAUAUUAAGAACUUGUCAAAAUGAUAACUUUGCCAUCAAAACUGAAACGAGCAACAUGGCUGGCAGUUCGCACUCGCAAAGUAAGUGGGUUUCUGCCAAAAACUUAAAUAUUGAAUGGCCCAAAUGGGGGAGGCUGGUUACCAACUGGUUCACCCUAAUAAAUUACGAAUGUUCCUUUUAUUGAACUUAAUUUCCCCUUUUUUUGUGAGAGCUAGCAAAGCAAAGUAAAAGCCGCUGCAAAGGAGAUAUAUGACCGCAGUCAAAGAUUACAUUUAGUGCAGACACUAAGAAAAACUUCGCUGCCUUUAAAAAUGUCCAGAUUGUUCAAAGUAUAGUAUGUAAAAUAUUUUUAAAGUAUGUAUAAAUAAUUACUUUUAUGUACUUAGUACUAUGUACCACAAUUUUUGGUUACAAAAUAAACACAAAUAUGUGUUAUAUAAAAAACAAGUGUAUUUUUUCGAGUGCACACACACUCAGUGAUUUUUAGUGCACUCGGAGCUGCAGCCCAAGGUUGAGUGCCUCAAGCAAGCCGCAAGCAGCCAAAUGCGAUGCCUUUCAAAGCUGGCUAACGAUCGGCAAAUAGACGAAAGAGGGGAUGGGCAGGAUGAAGGAGGGGUCCUUUGGCAGGAUGAAGCGAUGGAGAUGGUCAGCAUUUUCGGGUUCCAUGGGCUUUGGCUUUGAGCGUGGCACGCAGCAAAUGCGUUUGCAUUACGGUCAGAUGUUUGCGGCUGGCCCCAGUCCGCAAACUUACGAGCACACCCAAACAAACUUGUUUGCGCCUUUAUGGCAGCCAAAGUUUGACCACAUUUUGCUAACAAAAAUAUUACAACAAUGCCAGCCUUGAAGUCUGCUUGUGGCCAGAGGACCACAGCCUCGCCCACGAGGCCACUAUUCCUCCGCCCACAAAAGGGAUGCAAUUAAUUUCGCAAAAGGACAACUUCAUCUGACAGCAAUAAUGUAUUGCGAAUAGCAGAAGAGCACAAUGGACGAAGAAAUGCAUAAAUUGCCUGCUGAAGGCAACGAAAUAAGUGCGGAAAUUGGUAGGGGAUUAAAUGGCCUAAACAGUUGCCGCGGCAUUAGGCUGAUCGGUUGGGUUUGAACCCCUUUCUUUUUUCCCCUUUCCCCUUUGCCCGUGCCACCCGAAAACCAGCAAGCCAUUGGAUUCGAUGUCGUCCAGCAAACUUUUCACUUUGCAUGAACAUAAAAUACAUACCAAAUAAAACAACAACACCAGCCAUGCUAUGCUGCAGCAAGAACAACACACACAAAAAAAAUGGGAAAAACUUUUUAAUUUAUAUUUAAACUUUUUGAAAGUGUUGAGCAAGGGGCGUUAUCUACUGGCGGUGCGACUUGCCGCCUCGAAUCCCGAAUAGCCAUAAAACACCAAAUGUGCCUUGCCACGCAGAAGUGUGUAAACCAGGCUAACAAGCUCUGCACCCCGUUUAAAGCCCAGUGGUUGGUAGUUGAGGUCAGUCAGGGAUUACCGCACAUGAGUUAGCAGGGACUCCGUGUUCUGCCAUGGUAAUCAUUUAUUAAUAGUUGAUUAUGUUAAUAUCGGGUUGGGUCAAACUUUAAUCUCAGCUUUGCUUACAAUUAAAAGGAUUAUUUAACAACUCAGAGCUUGCUUUCUCAACACAUUUAUGUGAGAAGUAAUUGAUUUAAGCCCAUAAAAUCAAUAUGAACUAUGUGGCCAAGUUGAAAAGAUUUCAAGAUAAAGCUUCUGCAUUGCCAAACAUAACCCAACACAUGAAACUUUAAUGGUCAUACAGUAAUAUAUUUAAUAAUUGCUAAAGAAACAGUUUAUUACAUUACAUUUAAUCACCUGUGCUCAUCAUCACAUCCGCUAGUAUAGAAAUAAGAAUUAAAUAAUAAAUCUAUUUUCCACAAAACUAAUUGUAAUGGCCAUUUAAUCAAACUGCAAAUUACACGUUUGCCGAAUACAACAUGUUAUUUUCGAAUCACAAACUAUUUAACUCUAUAGAAAUGCGCCAUAAAAGCGGAUGCAUUCCGAAAAAUAAAGCUUAUUUAAAGAUCAGUUGAAAGAUGAAGCGGCGGACAUGCUGGAAGUUUGAGUUAAUACUAAUAUUGAAAGUGGUCCACUUGUCGCAGCAAAUAAACUACGAAUUCGAGCUUGAGGACGAAUCCAUCUACACCAACUGCAGCGGCGUUCCACCCGGAACUCUCAAUAUAGAUGGGCUCUUUGACUUGACCAAUUACAGCACCACAAUGACGCAGGAUGGGAUUUUGGUGUCGGGAAACAUGACAUCCGUCUUCAAUGCCCAGCCAUCGGAUCGCAUCGAGCUGACUGGAAGCCUACUCUAUUUCGACCGAGGUGUGUGGCAGCCGACCACAUUAAAUAUGAUGGUGAGGGAUUUCUGCGCCGUAAUGUACGACAAAAAGCAGCUUUGGUACUCAGAUUGGUCCGCGCAUGUCACGAAUAGGGAUGUGAUUAAGAAGAACUGCAUUAAGGUGCACGGUACUUUGUUCCUAAUAGAAACCUACCAUCUCAAGAUAGGUUUUGGCAGUGGCAUACCAUUGAUUACUGGCCGAUACAGCAUUCGUGUUCAGGUAUUUGCAGUUGACCGGAAGGGCAAAAAGCGGCCUCGUGAUGUCUGCUACGAAGUUAAAGGAAAUUUUUAUAAGGCUUAAACGAUUUAUUUUAAUAGUUAAGUCCCACAUCCAUUUUGUUAUUUUUAAUUACUUGCAGAGAACCGAAAAACCUGAAGAAGUUGAUGAUAUCCUCCCGUAUCAAAAAACUUAAUUUUAUAACAUACAAAUAUAUUUUGGUUUUCUGCCUUCCCAUAUAAAAAAUUUGUAUUUUUUGCUUAA